GGCAGCUUGGCAGCCCCGGCAGCGGAGGACACACACCCCGGCUUCAGGCGCCCCGCAGCCCGCUGUGACAGUGGACCUACCGUCGCCUUACUUUGUGGACAUGGGAGACAUGGGGGACCCGCCGAAAAAGAAGCGGCUUGUGUCUCUGUGCGUGGGCUGCGGGAACCAGAUCCACGACCAGUACAUCCUGCGGGUGUCCCCGGACCUGGAGUGGCACGCCGCCUGCCUCAAAUGUGCCGAAUGCAGCCAGUACCUGGACGAGUCGUGCACGUGCUUCGUCCGGGACGGAAAGACUUACUGUAAACGGGACUAUAUCAGGUUAUACGGGAUCAAAUGCGCCAAAUGCAACAUCGGCUUCAGCAAGAACGACUUCGUGAUGCGGGCCCGCUCCAAGGUUUACCACAUCGAGUGUUUCCGCUGCGUGGCCUGCAGCCGGCAGCUCAUCCCGGGUGACGAGUUCGCGCUGCGGGAGGACGGGCUCUUCUGUCGGGCGGACCAUGACGUGGUGGAGCGCGCGAGCCUCGGCGCCGGUGACCCGCUCAGUCCGCUGCAUCCCGCCCGACCGCUGCAGAUGGCAGCAGAACCAAUCUCGGCCCGGCAGCCCGCGCUGCGGCCUCACGUCCACAAACAGCCAGAGAAGACCACCCGGGUGCGGACGGUGCUGAACGAGAAGCAGCUGCACACGCUGCGGACCUGCUACAACGCCAACCCGAGGCCCGACGCCCUGAUGAAGGAGCAGCUGGUGGAGAUGACCGGCCUCAGCCCGCGCGUGAUCCGGGUCUGGUUCCAGAACAAGCGCUGCAAGGACAAGAAGAGGAGUCAGCUGAUGAAGCAGCUACAGCAGCAGCAGACCAGCGACAAGACGAACAUCCAGGGAAUGACGGGCACGCCGAUGGUCGCGGCCAGUCCGGAGCGACACGACGGCGGCAUCCAGGCGAACUCGGUGGAGGUGCAGAGCUACCAGGCGCCGUGGAAGGUUCUCAGCGACUUCGCCCUGCAGAGCGACAUCGACCAGCCGGCCUUCCAACAGCUGGUCAGUUUCUCGGAGGGAGGACCGGGUUCGAACUCGACGGGCAGCGAGGUCGCGUCCAUGUCGUCUCAGCUUCCAGACACGCCGAACAGCAUGGUGUCCAGCCCCAUCGAGGCCUGAGCAGAGUGUGGGCGGGCUGAAGUGGACACACACACACGCACACACACACACACGCACGCACACACACACGCACACACACACACACACACCUCCUGGCCCCCCUCUUCCUCCUGACUGCACCUGACAACAACCCCGCUGGUUGUGUUUGUUUGACACUGUGAAGACAAUCAUGGGAUAUUUUUUAAAACCAUACAGCCACCCAUCCUAAUGUCCUAGACGGACAUUACAGGGGACAGCAGAAUGGACAUGACAGACUGUCCAGGUCCAUCCAUAUAUGCGUCAUCAUGGCAAGGUGCUGCGCGCGCGCGCGCGAGCGCUCACACACGCCUGGUUACAGUUGCCAAAAAAAAAAAUAGAAAAAGACAUGACUGCAUCGAUGACGUGAUGGAACCUGCAACAAUGCUGUUGAUUCUCGGAAACAAUGACUUUUCUAUAAAAGAGACAAACGCACUUGUUCACCCUGUACCAGAGCGUUUGAAGGGGAACAGCACCGCUUCUCUUGGUUUAAUUCCACCGAUUUUCUUUUUCCUACAUGACCCAUCAAGUACUAAAGCAUUUGCAACAAGGUAUACCUCUAUUUUGCCACAAGCUUCGUGGGGACAUUUGUGUGAGUUUAGUGUCUGUCCGAGAAUGAUCUUUGAUUCUUUUUUCUUUUUUUCCCAAAGAUGUGUAAAUUAAUAUUAAGUUAAAACAAAAAAAAAAUACUGUUAGCUCUGGAAGAAAAUGUUUCGUUUGUUCCCGUGCAACAAAAAAUUAUUUAUUAUUUAUUGUUGAAGAAAAAAAAUUGCCACCUUUUGUGUAACUUUCUUAACUGAAGUAAAAAGAAACAAAAAAGAAUGGAAGUGUGACUUUUCUGUCACAUUUGAAUGUCAUGUGUUUCUUGUAUUAUCAUUACUAUUAUUACUAUUAUUAUGAAUUGACAUAAUAUUAAUAGGACAGUUGUUUAUUUAUUUCUCUCUGUGUGAAUGUCCUGCUUAGGUGUGGGUGCAGAUGUGGACCGACCACCUGCCUCACAACUGACUCCACUCACAGAUGAUUGUUUUUAAUCAAAUCUGAAGCUGAAAUACAACCAUUUUAAACUGAUAAAUCUAAAGCAAUACAAAUAUCAAUGUAUGAAUAAUGGAGAUGACACAUGUUCAGAUCAUCAUAAUGGGAACUAAUGCUCUCACAAUAACACUCGCUGAUCUUUAGUGUCAUUUUAAACAUGAACAAGGAGCUGCAGCCAUUUUGUUUUUGACUUUCUUUCUAUAAAAUUCAUUGUUGUGCGACUUGUAAUUUCUAUAUCAGGAAGUUUUAUAGUUUAAUUAAUCAAUCAAAUCAAUGAAUUGGUUGAUAUAUUGAAGAGACGCCAUCCAACAGCU